CGAAUGUGGGAUGCAAUUAAAUAGCAAACAACCAUUAUCUGAUCAGCCUCGAUAUGAUAUUGGUUGACAAAGAGGGAACAUUGAUACAUGCAAGCAUCAGAAAGAAUCUUGCUCAAAGUUAUCAUCCACAACUAAAUGAAGGGAGCAUAUAUACAAUUACAAAUUUCUUAGUUGAAGAAAAUAAAGGGAACUAUUGUCCAGUACAUAACAAACUCAAAAUACUUUUCAAUUCAACAACUUCAGUCUCAAAAUUCAGCGGAUUUGAUCAUUCAAUACCUCAAUCCCAAUUUGAAUUUGCUGAUUAUGGAACAAUAGCUUCCCGUUGCUAUGACACACCUUACUUGACUAAUGUGAUUGGCAUAUUGGACUACAUUGGAGCCAUUGAGGAGAUCAAAACAAGAGGGUGUCCAACAAAGAUGAGAAACAUUCAACUAUUGUUAGAAGUGAACAAAUCAGUUCAAACAACUUUGUGGGGAAAUACUGCACAACAAAUAGAUGAUGAUUUCUACAAAACAAAUAGAUGAUGAUUUCUACAAAACAAAUAAAGGGCCAUUCAUUGUAAUAGUCACUUCAACUAUUAUGAAAACUUUAAGAGGUGACUAUCAACUAUCAUCCACUUUUGCAACAAAGUUGUAUGUCAAUUUA